CCAAUUCCCGGCGCGCGGGAAAAAUUUCCCGCACUCGCGCCUCGCCCUCUAUAAGAAAGAAAUCGCAUCACCACGGUCUCCUGCUCCACUUCCCCCACUUCCGCCGCCUCGCACCGAAUGGGCCGCAAGAGGAGGGCUAGGGUUUCCAGCGACGGCGACGACGUCGAGAUGAACGGCGAAGAGCCUGCCGCCGCCGCGCAGAGCAAGAGCCUCUACGAGAUAUUAGGGGUUGAGAGCACAGCUUCACAACAGGAGAUAAAAAAGGCAUAUCACAAGUUGGCCUUGCGUCUUCACCCAGAUAAGAAUCCUGGAGAUGAGGAAGCCAAUGAAAAAUUUCAGCAGCUGCAGAAGGUGAUAUCUAUUCUUGGAGACCAGGAGAAAAGGGCACUGUAUGAUGAGACGGGCAUUACUGAUGAUGAUGCAUUUGUUGGAGAAGCUGCAGACAAUCUCCAAGCCUACUUCAGAACAGUGUAUAGAAAGGUCACGGAGGCUGACAUUGAAGACUUUGAAGCCAAGUACAGAGGGUCAGACUCUGAGAAAAAGGAUUUAAAGGAUCUCUACACAAAAUUUAAGGGCAACAUGAACAGACUUUUCUGUUCAAUGAUCUGCUCAGAUGCCAAGCUUGAUUCUCACCGCUUCAAAGAUAUAAUUGAUCAGGCAAUUGCUGAAGGCGAGCUGAAGUCCACCAAAGUGUAUGUGAAAUGGGCUAAAAAGAUCUCUGAGAUAGAGCCACCGACAAAUCCAUUGGACAGGAGAGUGAAGAAAAAUAAGAGCCAGGAGAGCGACCUCAUCCUGGCGAUCUCGCAGCGCAGGGAGCAAAGGAAGGAGCGGUUUGACUCUGUUCUGUCAUCCAUAAUGUCUAAGUGUGAUGACAACAAGGCGGGCAGCUCUGAGCCCACCGAGGAGGAGUUUGAGCGUGCUCGGCAGAGGCUCGAGAAGAAGAGAACCAUGCAGCGCAAAUGAUAUGGAUCUCGACGUGCAGGUCAGUCUGCCUUGUCCAUCAGGGCCCUGCUUUGAGGAAAAAUUCGAAGUUGAGUGGAGUGUAGUGGAGGGUUUGUCUAGUUGCUUUGUUUUAUGAGAGUGGACGUGUGUAUAAGUAACUGAAUGCAAGUGUGGUGUGGUUUUGGAUGUGAACAAAACUAGUACUAUGGAAGUGUCCUGUACCAUGAAUGAAAUGAAAUCCUUGGCAUGGCCGUAUGGUCUGGUGGUUAGUGUGAA